UGUCCUAAAAGCAUUUUUGGGAUACCUCUAGCUAGCUAGCUAGUUUAAAAAGAAAUUAAAAGUACAAAUAAGUGCAUAAUAAAAGUAUCUUUCAAAAUAUAUAUGAUAAAAUUAGUAUCACAAACAUAAAAACAGAUAACAAAAAGCAAAACUGUCCUGCCGUGUAGUAGAAUAUUCUGCCCCCCUAGAUUAUUCUACGUGUAGCCGCCAGCACGUCCUUUAGGGAAAAGACUGAAUAAAACGUGAAGUCCAAAGUUCAACUUGCACCACCGGGCUUCGAAAAUCCAUAAUGGCGCAUAAUCUCCUCGAAAUAAAUUAACGGAAAGGCAGUCAUUGUCCCAUUUUUUAAAUAACCUCUCAGAUGAAGAUAUCGUUACACUCCGUUGUAAGUUUAAUACCAAAUAUGGAAUCAAGGGUUUAAAGGCAUAGGCUUAAACAUCGAAACAAACCCCACGUGCGCGCGGGAAAAUCAUAUCAUCAAGGAAAUUGAGUUAGUACAUAUUUGAAGCUAGUCCAUUUUUUGAAAUAUUAAAAAUUAUAUAUAAAACGUUUAUUUACUUUGUGCUGGGUGCUUGUUCUCGGCUAAACUAUUUGUUGUAGAUAGUUUGUGGAAGAAUUAGUUAUGGAAACAGAAAAAACAGGUGAGAAAAACUGUAUUUUCUUUAUGAAAGUUGUCUCGCCAAAUGUUUUACCUUUUUUUCAAUGAGUGUUUUCUUGUUUGUAGAAGAAUCAAGUUCAAACGUUAUCGGGGAGAAGCUUUUAUACAAAGCCAUUAUAAGGGAAACUAGGGAAGAAUUAGGUAAGGUCUCUAAAAUGUAAUUUUUUACUUCAUAGACACUGUCACAAAAUGUUUUAGUCUUUUAAAAAUAUUUUUCACAAGGUUGCUUGAAGCAAAAUAUAAACAAAGCAAAGUACUCAAUAAUCGUUGACAGUUCUUCGGAAGAUGAAUGCAACACAGAGCUAAAUAAAAUAUUUUCAGUUGUUGAAAAAGAAGUUUCUAGUAAGUUAUGUAUGCACUUCCCAACUACCUUUCGUAUUUGUAAUGCGAAUGUCGGUGGUGGCAGCAGGUUGAAAGAUGGCGGCUAAAGAUAUCUUAGUAAAUUACACCGAGGAUAUGGAAGUAUUAGAAGAAAGCGUUUUGCAAUCUAUUAAAAAUAUUCAUGGAAGAAAGAAACGUGCAGAUAUGGACAGUAUUAUUGUUGAGUCGAAAGAAUUCAGUCCAGAAAAGGUAAAAUAUACUGUUCAACGACAGACGAGGAUUACCUAUAGGAUAGCUAUAGGAUAAGUAAAAACAUUUGUACUGGCAAAAUUACGAGUGUUGGUAGGGAAGAAGGGGAAGAUGAUAUCCAAGAACCAGAUGAAAAAGUAGACCACCUCGAUCUUCUCGCUCAGGAACUACAACAGGUUAAAAACUUUGAAGUUUUAAAAGAAAUAGUUAAAAUGGUAUCGGACCUGAAAGAAUACGUAUCGUAUGAAGUCGGUAAAUUAAGAAAAAAUAUGGUAAAUGAUUUGGUUGUUCACUUGAAGGAAGAAAACGAUUUUUUAAAAAACGAGAUAAAAGAAUCUCAAAGUUUGUUGAGGGACGUUUUGUUACAAGACAUAAACAAAAAUAAUCAUGAAAAAAUUAAAAACAAAUCAGAAACCAAUGAAUGGAACGAAGUAAAGAAAGGUCCCUCGGGAAGAUAGAGAAACGAUAUAAUAAUAGAUUCAGUCUUUCAAAUCGGUUUAGUACACUUCAGAACGAACAAAACAACAAUAAUCACUAUGACGCACAACCACUUACGAAUAAUCAAAGUUACGCACCACCACAACCAAAUAAAUCUUUAAGAAGACCAAAUCCCGUUAUUAACCUUUCUCCAGAAAGAGAUAUUUUACAACAUAACAUCAAAUCAUCUGAAACCCGUAAAAAUAAAAAGAAGAUUAGAAUCAUCAGUGAUAGCAUCACAAAGGGCAUAAAUACUCGAGAGUUCAAUAAUCAUUUGAGAAACGGUGAUGCAAGAUUUAAAGUUUUUCCUGGUUCAAAUAUUAAAAAUUUGGGUCAUUACUCUUUACCAACCUUAGUAGAUAAGAAGCCAGAAAUAGUAGUUGUGCAUGUUGGAAUAAACGACUUGCUGGAUAUAAAGAGAAAUAAAUCAUCGGUUAAUGAAAUUGCAGAAAAAAUAAUCAAACUAUCACGCGUAUACAUCGAUCAUGGCGUCGAAAAAGUUUUUAUUUCAAGUGUUAUUAUCUGUACUCGUAUUGAUUUUGAGUUUAUCAAAUCGUUAAAUCAUAUACUUGAGAACGAGGCAAAGAAAUAUGGCUAUAUUUUUAUCGACAAUAGUAAUAUUAUGGAAUCUAAUUUAUGGAAAGAUGGAUUACAUCUAAUGGAAAGUGGUAAAGUUUUGUUAGCUAAUAAUUUCUUAUUUUAUAUAAAUAAUUUUUUAGGUCUGGAUUUUAUAGAAACGAAUGUAUACUGAUUUCUGAUAGGAUAAGCACUGAACUUACGGCA